AGGCUAAAGUUCCUAGUCACAGCCUCACUCACCCAGCCUCACAGUCAUCACUCGGGCGGAGCCCCGCUAUAAAUUCCUGCUCUGCUGCUUGAGCAGCUCUUUCGCAGGACAUUUAGUACGUUCUUUCAUCUUCAGGUGACCGUCUGCCUUUUAUCAACUCACAAUGCCGUCUGAUCUGGAGAGAGCAAUGGAGACUUUGAUCAUGGUGUUUCACCGUUAUGCUGGCAAAGAGGGUAGCGAUGUAUCCCUGAGUCGCAAAGAGCUCAAACAGCUGAUGGAGACAGAGCUGUCUAGCUUUCUGAAGUCUCAGAAGGACCCUGCUGCCGUAGACAGGAUUAUGAAGGAUCUGGAUGCUACUGGAGAUGGAGAGGUGAACUUUGAAGAGUUUGUGUCUCUUGUGGUGGGCCUGUCCAUUGCCUGCGAACAGCUCCUCCAGAAGCAUAAGCAUCAAUGGGUGUCAAAAAGCAAUAAAUAGCCAAACAUGAGGGGAAAAGGAAUAUCUGUUUUUCUGUUUCUUCAUUUUGUUAAUAUAUUUUACACUUUCAGCCACAUGCCUUGUUACUAUAGUUACAUUGUAUGUAUGUUUUGCAAAAGAGGAUGUUUUGUCAUUUUUGUCCAAUGAUGUUCAAAUUUACUUUUAGUUUUUAUAGAGGGGUUUCUGUGCAACGUCAUCACAGAGAUGUGUGCACAAAUAGGGGGCAAAAAAGCAAUGUCUCAUUAUUACUGAGAGUUCAUUUCUUAAUAUAAUCGGUUGAGCCCGCACUACCUAGGCUUCCAAAGUAAUUGAUGUUUGCCAUUUCCUCACUGUCACACACCUAGUCUUUCAAAUGUGGUGGGUCGUGACGUAGCCUUGUCGUAAACAUUUAGGAUAGAAAGGCUCAACCAACAAAACCAGGAAAGUUCAUACAUUCAUAGGGUAUGUCAGGUCUUUAUGAUUAGCAAACUUAGUUGGACAUUUUCAUUCGAGACCUGAUGACUAAUGUUACAACUAGAAUUGCAUGCACCUCUAAGUACUUACUAAGUAAUUGCAUUCAUAUUCUGGGCUCAUCUGCUUUGCUGUACAUAGUAUGGUAUAUUAGUAUGAUGUUUACUGAGUUUGGUCUGUUCUGUUAAUAUCGCUGUCUUAGUUCAUUAAGCCACAUUAAACGUUUUUCCGGCAUGUUAGCGGUUUUGCCCUCUGAAUGUGCGCGCAUCCAGUAUUGUUUGUAUACAAGAAACCCGUCUAUAAGUAUUCGCAUUAGACACAAAAUAUAUCGUUCUCGGAAGUCCUGUAAGUUCCACCAUGAAAAUAAACACUCAGUAAUUUUCCAGA